UCAAGUAAUGGUGUUUUCAGCAGGGGGUUUACAAAUAAUAAUAAUUUCGUUGAGGUUAAUGCACAUCAAAUGGAACAUUUUGAUAAACAAAUGAUUUGGUAUACAAGAUGCAAGGUCAUCCGUUGCUCGCCUGAGACAACAUUUCAGCCAGUUUACCACAUGUUCUAAAGUGUAAUUCAAACAGACUUCUUAGUUUCUUCGUUUUCUUUGGAAGUUUGUUACAUUCUUCAUUACAACUGAUACCCGUGUGUUUGUUUUGGCAAACAUUAAUAUAAUGACUGAGAGGGGGGAGGGCAAAAUCCACGAAAUUCAGGGGUGGGGUGGAGAGACUGGUUGUAAAUCAACAUCUGUCUUCUAAAGUUUUCAACGCCUCUCAAGCGUACGAAUGAGUGAGUGGUUUUGUGUUUCAAAGGGAUUGAUGUCGUCAAGUACAGUUGGCUAUUGACAAGAAUCGAGCAGAACACACAGAGAAACGCAAGCAAUAACUCGCCAAGUUCUGAUCUGUGUGCAGGAAAGAUUCAUUGGAAUUGCAAAGCGCUGGUUUUUGAGGUGAGAAGUAACACACGAAGGUUGUGAGCUGCGACGCGGCAAUACAACACCGGUACACGUCAACGAAUAAUGCUGAACGUUCAACACGUUGACCAUAUUGGUAUGCAGCGCGCUAAAAUGACAGUCUGAUAUUCGUCGAUGAAAACACUUCUAUUUGUGGCAAGAGGAUUAAAAGAACCAAAGGGUUUCCGGUACGCUAACGUUGUUGGGGAGGAAGCUGUGAAAUAUUUGUCUCUCCAGCCGUUGCGAAAACGGAACUAGGGGGAAAACCACUGUGCCGUAUACUAAUAGACUCAUUUCACAACACAUGGCUGCCGUCGUCUAACGCGAACUGUUACGAUGUAUCGCGAACCGUACUCCGUCCUGCUUUUGACACAAAUUGUGAUGUUUUUCCAAGUUUUGGAGUGUGCUGUGUACCCGUCGAUCCACUGGUCACCUCAAAAUCCUCUAUUUGACAAUGAUAACAGUAUACUUUACGUUCUUCCGAUGUCUAAAAUUCACAUCGUAUGUCCAAACCCGACCACCAUCAUGAAAAAAGUAAAAGCCAACACGUCCAGGGACAAACUCUACCAGAACCUGUGGAUCGUGUCACGCGAGAACUAUGAGCGUUGUAACACGGACUAUACCCAGGGGAGUAGGCUGCUCCUGCGGUGCAUCUACCCCCUGACACUGAAGUAUUACACUUUGGUGUUUCAGAGGUACAGUGCCCUCUCCAGUCAAGUUUUCAUUCCAGGAAAAGAAUAUUAUUUUAUUGCCACUUCCGAUGGUUCCCGAGCAUCAGUUAACAGUCGAUCAGGAGGAAACUGCAAGAACAAGAACAUGAAACUACGGAUAUUUGUGUGUAAAGAUGCUCAAGAUCCCCGCUGCAACCGAAAGCUUACAACCACAGCUACAGAGACGACAACCACUGCUCCAACGACACAAUCAUUAACGCCAUCUACAACUGCCAACUCGACGGCUCUACACUUUACAAAUUCAACUGCAACGACACAAGCGCCAACUGAGAAAAGCACGUGGUCAACGGCAUCAUCAACCAGUGAAUCAACUACUGAAUCAACCAGCGCGGCGGUCACGUGGACAACACAAGCGGUCACCUGGACAACACAGGCUCUGAUGACGUCUGUGUCGUCAGUCAUCCCAGUGAGAUCUAUGCAAAGAAGUCCUUUAAAUGCAGUUUCAGAUCUCAACUGGACAAUCGUGAUUCCUUUAAUGGCCUGUCUUCUUGUCUCACUUAUGGUGAACAUCAUCUUAUUUUGCCGUCUGAAAAAACGGAAGCAUGAGUACAGUCUCGAGGAGAAGCCUGGACAACAGAUAAUUGAAGGUGCUGUAGUGAAGUCGUCAGAAAAGCAGAAAAUUGAGCCAGGUGUUGACAGAACGUGGUUAUUAUGCAGAAGAUCAGCGGACGUAACCGAAGUUUAAGGUGAUGUUUUGAAGUAAAAGUGAAGACGACGGAACAGAAAGCUGCGCUUCAGGCCGUGAACCGGCGGACCUCGUGCAAAUGCACCAGAACUUGGUGCACCAGAAGUCAACUUAUGGUUGAUAUCCUGGGAAAGAGGAACAGCGCUUACAUUGUUUGUUUGUUCGUCCGUUUAACUGGCAUUUUCGUAACGUUUAUACGUUAUAAUCGUUUGUAGUUUGACUAGUAAGUUAUUCCUAAAUGGAUAUAAGGACAGAUGUCAUUACACUAAAUUAUUUCUGAUCGAACAACUAAACGAAAGCGUUCAGUUCGUUGAGCGAUUCCAUACACCUGCUGUGUUUCUUACCGCGGUUUUGUUUUAAAAAACAUUGUGUUACAAAAGUGGGCGUUCCUGCCUGUUUUCAUCCAAUUUGUCACUCUAGAACCCUCAGGAGACUGAGUACCACCCUUGGGCAAAAAGCUUGCUGGGAUUGUUUGGGUAGUAAUCGACCAAUCUCAGCUCAUGCUGGUUACCCACUCGACCCCAGAAGUCAUAGCGCCCAAGACUGGCGUUCAUUCCCUCUGAGGAUUCUUGUUUGGUGACCGUGCAUUUCUUUCGAUGAAAGAACUCGGGCAUUGCUUUCUUAUGAAGGAAAUUUGAAACAGGUAUCAAGUUAGGGAAACGGAUUUACUCAUGGUGUUCUUAAGAUACUAUUUUUACUAGCAAAAGUAGUUCAGUUUUUGCAGGUUAUUAGGAAACAAAACUUAUUUCAGAAAAUAUCGCAUGAUCAUUGCAACAAACUAAUCAAAAUUUCUUGAAAAAUGAACAUGUGACAAAAGAAUAUUGAUUUAAUGCAAUUUAAAGCAAUCAAAAAUCAAGAACAAAUUAAAAUGUUUAUUUAAGAAGGAACGAACGCGGUGGUAAUAACGACCUGACAAAAUCCUUAGAAAAAAGCAACACUUAGUUAGCUGGCGUCCUCACUAGGGCCAUUAGCUUGUUGCUGACCGAAAAACAAGCGAAGUCAUUAGAGUUGUGUGUCUCAUUCUAAAGGCUGGAUGGUGUUUCCUUUUGCGUUCGAUUCGGUGAUUCAAAAACACUUGAAUAAAUCGUUGCCUUCGUUAAUCUUGUCAUUUGUUAUUAUUUUGUAUAAAACUAUACACAUAUUUGAAAACAGAUAGUCUAUUAUAAUGUUGUAAAUAAUCUAUUUAAUAAGAUGAAUAUUUUGAAGCCCGACAUUGACUUUGAAUAAACUUAAUAUGACUAGACAUUUGCACUUGGCAAAAUAAAGUUUAGCACUGGUUUUAUAGAUCUUUA